AUGUCGUUCGACGACAUCAACCGCCCUGACGUUGAGUUUACGACGCGCCAUGUGGAUCGCAACAUGGCCAUAGCCACAGCCAGCAUCGAGAACAGUGGCACCCGCAGGCAAAUUCAAUGCUUCAAAAAGCCGGUCUUCCAUUCUACGAAGGGAUUUCUCGAUCGGGAAAGGCCACCAGCUGCCGGGCUCAUAGUAUCCGAAAUGCCGAGUACCGCCUAA